CACACUGUUUUGGAUUAAUCAACAGCGAAAAUAUUGAAAGAAGAUUAAAAACAAUAAUAAUUGCACUUCUCGCUUAAAAAAGGUGCCAAAAUGAUUACCAAAAAGGUCACGGUCAAGGACUCGCACAUAGUGAAGAUAGCCGUUGAGCGGGAGAACCACAUAGCGCAGUUGAUAAACCUGGAUCAGAGGCAUCCCCUAGCAAGCAAAAUCCAGGAUAUAUGCAAUGGUUGGGGAAUCAGUGACCACCAGAACUACGCCCUGCAGUUCUGCGAGUCCAACAACCAGAAGUACGUGACCGAGAAGAACCGGAACGAGAUCAAGAACGGCUCCGUACUGCAGCUGCAGUACUCGCCCUCGAAGACGGCCAGCGAUGCCAUGGAAGUCCUGCUGAAUGGCAGUCCGCAGGAGAAGGCGCUACGCCUCAAGGAUCUCACCGCAUUGAGCACCGACCACACCUUUGCCCUGGAGUUCAUCAAGGAGAAGGGCCUUGACACACUGAUCAAAAUGAUCGAGGAUGUGGGCCAGACCAAUGAGGAUAUUCUCAAGUACAGCCUGGCCAGCUUUGUGGAGCUGAUGGAGCACGGCACAGUGUCCUGGGAGGUCCCAGAGAAUUCUUUUGUGCUCCGCAACAUUGAGAUUGUGCGGAACUUCCAGAAGUACCCAACGAACUGCGGGGAGAGCGCUCUGUCCAACCUGGAGAACAUUGUCCAGUGCAGCAGUAAGCACGUGCUGGUGGCCGAGGACAUCAAGCUGCAGGACAUACUGCGCCUACUGCAGGAAGUUAACUCGCCGGUGAUGCGCCAGAAUGCCAUUGCCCUGCUGAACGCGCUGUUCAUGAAGGCGGACGAGGGGAGAAGAAGGACUAUUGCCCACACCAUCAGCGCUAAGCAGUUUCGCCUGGCGCUGAUUGGCAACGGCCUGGGAACCGAGAUGACCCACCAGCUGUAUGUGCUGCAGACGCUGACCCUCGGGCUGUUGGAGAAGCGCAUGCGCAUGAAGAUGAAUCCCCAGGACCAGGAUGCUCACGAGAAGAUUAAGGAGCUGCGACGCAUUGCCUUUGACGAUCACACCAACGCCCUUAACCAGAGCGACGAUCACAUCCGACGUGGUGGCGGUGGCUCCGGCGCCGGCAAUGUGAACUUCUCGCAAUAUUACAAAAAACUGGGCUUUAAAUGCGACAUAAAUCCGGCCCAGGACUUUAUAGAGACGCCGCCAGGCGUUUUGGCUCUGGACUGCAUGUUCUAUUUCGCACGGAACUACACCCAACAGUAUGCGAAGAUUGUGCGGGAGAACUCCUGCCGCGCCGACGAGCACGAGUGCCCCUUUGGCCGCACCUCCAUCGAGCUGGUCAAGGUGCUCUGCGACAUCCUACGCAUAGGCGAGCCACCGGCCGAGCAAUCCGGCGACUUCCAGCCCAUGUUCUUCACCCACGACUCGCCCUUUGAGGAGUUCUUCUGCAUCUGUGUCAUCACCUUGAAUCGCACAUGGAAGGACAUGCGUGCUACGGCCGAGGACUUUAGCACCACUUUCAGCGUGGUGCGGGAACAGAUUCAGCGCACCCUCAAGGGCAGGCCCGAGAAUCUGGAGGAUUUCCGCAACAAGAUAGCCUUGCUGACCUAUCAGCAGAUCACUGCCCUGCGCCAGCAGGAGCGCACAUCGAAGGAGGAGUGCGAUUCAACGGCCUCCGCGAUUGUCAAGUUAAAGGAGAAGAUAUCGCCUCACAUUCUAGAGCUGAUCAAGCAGCAGAGGCUCUCGUUUUUGGUGGAAGGCACACGUUUUGCCAAAUACUCACGGGGAACCAGGACAAAGGACAAAUUCUGGUAUGCCCGACUGUCGCCCAACCACAAGGUCAUCCACUAUGGCGAUUGCGAUGAGAAAACCAUACCCACCUUGGAGGAGCUGCCCAAGAAGCUGCCCAUUAGCGAGAUCAAGCAGCUGCUGGAGGGCAAAGAGUGCCCGCACAUGAAGGAGGCUCGCACACGCAAGUCAGCCGUUAAUCUGGCCUUUUCCAUAACGUUCGAGAACAUGGAGCACUCCACUCUGGACUUUGUGGCUCCGGACGAGAGCAUUUUCAACUACUGGACAGAUGGGAUCAAUGCCCUGCUGGGCCAGCCGAUGGUCAGCAAGCAAAAGAACGAGGACUUUGAUACGCUGCUCUCGAUGGAGAUAAAGCUGCGUCUGCUGGACACUGAGGGCGUCGACAUAAGCAAGGAUCCGCCGCCCAUACCCGAGGACCCGGAGAACUAUGACUUUUGCUUUGAGGGCUGAAAAGGUGAAAGAUUUUAUAGUUCUCCCAUUUACACACAUAUAUUCAUUCACCCAAGAUACAUGCCAAAGUGUACCCACUAUUCUCUCCGAUCUGAUCUUCUGCUAGUAUUACUUGUGCAAUUCCCCGACCACGACAUGAGCCAACUUGAACAUUUAGUGAACAUUUACACACCAUUUAUUAUUAUAUUAGGUAUU